CGCACCGACCACCGUCGCACACACACUCACACCCGCACAUUGGAAGAACCUUUCCGGGCGGGGGAGCACGUUUCGCCCGAAUUUCGGCCGUGAUUUUAGAGAUUUCUCGAUCUCGAUUCCGGUGGCAGCCGCAUUUCUAUAAUUAAAACUGAAUUUGAAACAAAAAACGGCAUAUUCGAAAAACCUGUCCGCAAUAUCUGUUUACAUCUCAAGAGAGCAGCUGACGCCGCAGCUGUAAAUGAUUUGGAGGGUGUGAAGUGAGGAAAACACGCGACCUGCUCCGCUAAUAUAAUGAUAAUCACUUGUUAUUUUAUUUUUUUGUUCUUGUAAUAAUAAACUAAUCGUGAAUUCGAUUUCGAUAGAAACAACCACACACACACACACACCCACACACGACACGGUGUCAGCAACAAAAUAAAGGAAAUCGUGAGAGAGCAAAAACAGCGGUAAAUUCGGCAAAUAACGUUACACAACGUACCAAAACUGCAGCACGAGAGAGCGGUAGAAAGAGCAAGAGAGCGGGAGCGCAAAAGGAGCAAUGGGUCUACUGAGCGAGGGCAGUCCACUCUCCUGGGAGGAGACCAAGGCACUGGCGGAUCACGUCCGCGAGCAUGGCGUCAACCAGUUCAUCAACCUGUACCACAGACUCAAGGAUCGCCAGGGCGACAUCCUCAAGUGGGGCGACGAGGUGGAGUACAUCAUAGUCAAGUUCGACGAUGAGCAGCAGGUGGCCCGGGUGGCCCUGCGUGCCCAGGACCUCCUCGCCGAGCUGAACGAGAAGGAGCUGGCCGAUCCGAAGGGCGUCAAGUCGCUGUGGCGUCCGGAAUACGGUGCCUACAUGAUCGAGGGCACGCCCGGCAAGCCCUUCGGCGGCCUGAUGGCCCACUUCAAUCUGGUCGAGGCCAAUAUGCGCUAUCGUCGCGAGGAGGUCACCGAGCUGCUGGCCAAGGACGAGUGCGUCAUGUCCAUCACGAAUUUCCCGCGCCUCGGCGCCCCCAACUUCACCUUUCCGCUGGCCCAGCCGCGUCCCGAGGAUCCGCUCAGCUCGGCCCGCUCGCUCUACUUCCCGGACGAGGCCAUCUUUCCGGGGCAUCCGCGCUUCAAGACCCUCACCCGUAACAUUCGCAAGCGACGCGGCGAGAAGGUGUCCAUCAAGCUGAAGGUUUUCAAGGACACGAAGACCAAGCUGCCGGUGGAGGGAGCUCCGCCUGGUGAGCCCGACGUCGUGCUCCUGGACGCCAUGGGCUUCGGCAUGGGCUGCUGCUGCCUGCAGCUGACCUUCCAGGCCUGCAACAUCACGGAGGCGCGGCGUCUCUACGACCAGCUGGCUCCCCUGUGCCCCAUUAUGCUGGCCCUGACGGCCGCCUCGCCCAUUUACAGGGGCUACCUCACGGAGUCCGAUUGCCGCUGGAAUGUGAUCAGCUCGUCGGUGGAUUGCCGCACGGAGGAGGAGCGCGGACUGGCGCCGCUGGACAAGCAAAAGUUCCGGAUUGCCAAGUCGCGAUACGAUUCGAUUGACUCGUAUUUGUCGCCCGAGGGAGCCAAGUACAACGAUGUGCCGCUGACCUACGACGAGAAGGUCUAUCAGCGUUUGGUCGAGGGCGGCAUCGAUCAUCUGCUGGCCCAGCAUGUGGCCCACCUGUUCAUCCGCGACACCGUCUCGCUGUUCAGCGAGAAAGUGCACCAGAACGACAACGAGGACACGGAUCAUUUCGAGAACAUCCAGUCGACCAACUGGCAGACGAUGCGCUUCAAGCCGCCGCCGCCGAACAGCUCGAUCGGAUGGCGCGUGGAGUUUAGGCCCUGCGAGGCGCAGAUCAGCGACUUUGAGAACGCGGCCAUCGUCUGCUUUGUGGUGCUGCUCACCCGCGUGAUCCUCUCCUACCAGCUGAACUUCCUCACGCCGAUCAGCAAGGUGGACGAGAACAUGCAGACGGCCCAGAAGCGGGAUGCCUGUCGCAAGGAGAAGUUCUGGUUCCGCAAAUCCUCCAAGACCACCGAGCAGCGGGCGGCCAAGGCGCAGGCUCAAGCUCAAGCAAAAGCAAAUGGCCAAAGCAAUGGCAAGGCCACCUUGAAUGGCAACGGGCUGGCUAAUGGCAAUGGCAGCGAGAAUGGGGAGCAGCAGGAGCAGCAGCCUCUGACCAACGGCUCGGCCAAGCUGAACGGCCACGGCAACACCAAUGGCACCACCAACGGCACCACCAAUGGAACCUCAAAUGGCUCUAGCAAUGGCGCAGAUAGCGAUCACACCGACACCGAUGACGAGGAAAACGAGCUGUUCCAGCUGCUGACCAUCAACGAGAUCUUUAAUGGCAAGACCAAUGUGUUUCCCGGUUUGGUGCCCCUGAUUCGCAGCUACUUGCAGUCCAUGGAGGUGGACACCGACACGCAUUGCACCAUCGAGCAGUAUCUGCGCUUCAUCGAGAAGCGUGCCGCCGGCGAGCUGAUCACCACGGCCACCUGGAUGCGCGAGCAGGUGCUCAGCCACCCGGACUACAAGCAAGAUUCCGUGGUGAGCGAGCGCAUCAACUACGAUCUGCUGAAGCGCAUCCAGGGCAUCCAGGAGGGCAAGCAGGUGGAGCCGGCGCUGCUCGGACAGGGCUAUCAUUCCAAGACGAAGACGAAAGACUUCAUUCCGCCGGCGCUGCAGAAGCAGCUGGCCAAGAACGGCUGCUGCGAGGAGAAAUGAUCGAGGAGCGCGCUGCGGACGCGUCCAACGCAGCUGGCCAAAGGUGGCCGGCGCAUGUGAUUCGGGUUUUGUGGGUCCGUUUGGAUGUAGUGCGGCAUAAAUGUUGAGGGCAAAAGGCAGAGGCAACGGCAAAACGAAACGGAACGGAUAUAUGGAGCAACAUUUAUCAAUAUUCAUUUUAUAGCAUAAUUUCAAAACGGAUUAACAAUUAGCGUGCACCAAGAUCCAAGAUUGUGGACAAAUGUUUUGCGGCCGUGCGUGGCCUUUGGAAAUGAGAAACGAGAGGCAGGCAGACAGAUGGAUUGAUGAGGAAUGGUUAUGGGGCACAUGGGGAUCCCUACGUUUCCGGGCAUCCCCUGCCAGCCAGGAUAUCCUCCGCUUCACCACGUUCUCGUCUGGAAUUUCGGGAUCCUUAAAGAGAGAGAACUACGAAAUCUACUAUAUAGCAACGCCAAGAACAUUAAUCUCAACCAAGUGCCGUUCCACAAGACCUACAAAAAAGAAAUAUGAAUACAUAUAGUUCAAAGCGAGGCAAGGUUAAGAGCGUAUUUCUGUUUGUUUUCGUUUACAUCAUAUAUAUUUAUUAUAUUAUUCCUAUUCUUAUAAAUGCAAGUACAAUGGAAAGUUGUUUAUUUUUUUUUUAAAUAGAUAUAUUUACACAAAUACACACCCAAAACACACAUAUGUCGAAAAGUGGCCUGCUGUUAUUAAACUAGAUAUGAUAAGUAUAACUAAAAACCACACUUGUGCUAUUAUAAUUUAUUGUGUAUGUGAUUGUUUCACCAUUAUGAUGCGAUUAUGAUUUAUUGUGACCACAAGCAAGCAAAUAAACGGAAAAAAUUGUUGAAUCUUUAAAAUACA